AUGGAGGGCAACCAGCCCAAGCGCGAUGCUGCGUAUGGGAGCAGGAGAUCUAGCAAGGCUAGUCGGAGGGGCAGCGCGCCAUCGUUUCAGAGACGAGGCUCGCAGAUGACCUUGCUGCGGAGGACGAAGCAAGGCCCGUUGACCGCUGCCCGGUUGCCGGAGCUCAUCAACGAGAUUGGCAUGGGCCGGUACCACGUCGUGGCCUUUUUGCCUCUGCUCCUCACUCCCCUCAAUGAAGGUGCUGGCAUGAUUGUCAUGACGAACAUCACGCAUGCCUUGAAGCAUGAGUUCCACUUCUCUGACUGGCAGGCUGGAAGCCUCGACGCCUUCUCCUUCUUGGGCCUCGCCUCGGGCCACUACAUUGCAGGUUUCCUUGCAGAUGUGAAAGGCCGGCGCCUUCCAAUGGUCCUCUCCUUCCUUGGCACGGUCCUUUGCUGUCUCUUCAUGACCUUGGCCACUGGUUACAGCGCCGUUUGCAUGCUGCGGUUGGUGCAUGGAGCGUGCUGUGGCCUGGGGGUUCCUGCCGCCAUGUCCAUGAUCGCAGAGACCUUCCCGGCUUCUUGGCGCCGCUUCGUUUUCGUCCUCUUUUGGAGCUCCACAGCCCUCGGUGAACUCUACGCCUGCUGUGGGUUGGUGCUCUUCAUGCCCCAGCUACUGGAAGAAUGCUGCUGGAAGCAGGCGAUCUUGUGGUCUUCUCUGCCAGCACUUCUGAUGCUGAUCUUCUCUGUCGCAAAGAUGCAGGACUCUCCGCACUGGCUGGCCGUUCACGGUCGCCUCAUCGAGGCAAGAAUCGUCUUGGACCACAUGGCUGCGAUGAACAAGAAACAGGAAGUCCUGAGAAAGUUGGGGCCGCCGCCUGUCCAUGACUUCUCCAACAUGUACCACGCUGGCAUCAUGGCCCGGGAUGUGAGCGCUGGGCGUGCAUCCCCUCCCCCUUCAGCGCACCAGAUUUUGCGAAUCCUGCUGCAACCCGAUAUGCUGAAGCUUGUGCUCCUGUUCUCAGUCCUGGCCAGCGUCGGGAACAUUGAAACUUUUGGCAUGAGCAAUGUUUGGCCUGAGAUGCUGCGGCAGGCCGAACACGAACACGCUGAGCAUGGCUUUGCUCCGGCACAGAAGUUGGCCAUGCUGGUGUCCAUGGGCGUCCCCGUAGGGAUCCUCUGUGCUUUCAUCUCCUUUGCCAAAGCCGCAGCGCACAAAACCUACAUCGCAGUGGCGGGCCUCACAGGUUUUGCCAGUCUUUGCUGCGCAGCGUUGUUGCAAAAUCGCAGCGUCCUGCUGCCGGCCAUGCUUUUGACGCACAUGUGUGGAACGCUGGAAUAUUCUGUGUCUAUGAUCUUCUGCGAAGAGUCUUUUCCCACGGACAUUCGAGCCAGCGCGACAGGCAUCGUAAUCUUUUGGGGCACUCUCUGGUCCGUUGCAUCUCCAUUGCUGCUUACAGCUGUUGGUGAGCCGGGAUUCCUGGCCUUCGCUGGCUUCGCUUUCUUGUUGGCGGCAUUGGCGGUGCUACCCCUACAGGAGACCCAAGGAGCAGAAUUGAAGGACUUUGUCGAACAGGAGGCGUCUGAGGAAGUGGAGGAAAGGGAAGACGGUGAAAGCGACGAGGUGUCCGAGGAUGAGAUCUAUGCGCCUGACCAUCUGUCUCUGGCCUUCGUCAACGGCACCAUUGGCGCUGUGUUGGAGGUCAAGCUCUUGUUUCUUCUUUUGGGAGCGGUGCCUGGUGUAUCCUUCACGUCCUUCUACUCUUCGGUUGGGUUCCUGAUGGACCGUUGCAAAGACAGAAGCUUUUUUGUGAAGGAGAUGUUGGUUGGCAACGGGACUGUGGUGGCUGGCUUGCUGCUGUUGCCCAGCAUCUUUUCGUUCAUGAAUCGGCGUCUGGGAAUUGCCACGUCUCUUGCUCUUCGUCUGAUUGCCAGCACCCUGUGUCUCUGUCUGGUGGACAUCCUAAUGGCUUUCCCGGAGGACGAGGACUUGAUGUUGGCCUUAGGCUUUGCGCAAGGCCUAUUGAACGUGAUGGUCUUGAACACGAGCUUCUCUUUGGCUGCAGGGCUCAACAACUGCCGUUCCUGGCUGCAGCUGGGCUUCGCUGCGGGCGCUUUGCUGCCCAUCCUGACAACUCCUUUCACUGGAUUUGGCCCGAGGUCACCUUUGACUUCGCGCUUGGCCUUUUAUCUGCCGCCAGGGCUUUUCUGCUUGAUGGCAGCUAUCUUGUACACAAUCUACCACAUCUCCGUGACUCGCGUCUUAUCAUCACCGCCCGACAAUGGCAACCUUGCGGACCUUGCCCGUGCCUACAGCCAGCAAGAUUCCAGGGCGGCCACUUCGGAAGUGGCUGACCCCCCUUUGGCCUCGCCGGCAGAUUCUUCAAGGUUUUUUCCUCACAACAAGCGCACAGUGAUGGCAUGCACGCUCGUGCUAGGUUAUCAGUUUGCGGCCUACUUCUUCGCCGGUCUUUUUCCGUUUCUGGGAGACCCCACAGCGGCUUUCACCUUGUACCUGUACAUGAUUACAGGUGACAUGGUGGGGAACCUUAUGGUCUUUGUCUGGGCUGCUGUGGUGGACCUGCCAAGUUUGGAGAGCCGGCUUCGAGGAGAUGGAGGAGGAGGAGAACUCGCAAAAGUCACUUUCUUCUCUUUGGCCGCAUUGUCGUUUCUGGCCAUGGGGUUGGGCUUGGCUGGCGCAGAAGGGGCCCUGGAAGCGGUUCAAAGAAAGGAGCUGCCGCUGCCAACACAGCUCGUCUUCUGCACCUUCCUCUUCGGCGCCUUUUCCAAAGGUGGGCUCGAAGGCUUUUGCCCACAGGUGGUGCGCGCACGGCUGCUGGGAGUGCUUCUGGGACUACUGACUGCGCUGAUCUGCUGCUUCACCCUGCUCAAGAACCUCAACGAGCCCCCCAAACUCGCGGCCCAUGAUCAUGUGGACGCUCCUCUGACGCUGAGUGCGCUGAAUACCCUCACAGGUGCCUUGGGCAGGCCAAAGCUCCAGGCUGAGGUGGCGCAUGAUGGGAGCAUUCUGAGCAUCUUGCGAAGGGAGUCCUAA